CAACAACAACAACAACAACAACAGAACGAGGAAACUGAUGAUAUGCAGCUGAAACCAGAGCCUGAACCUCAGCCGCAGCAGGCCCAAGAGGAGCAGGACCAGGACCAAGUUCAGGCUCAGCUCCAGGCCGAGGCUCAGGCAAGCGUUCAACAAAAGCAGCCGGAAGCUCCCAUGUUUGCGCCCGGAUAUCAAGACAUCGACCCGGCCAUCAGAGGCCCACAGGAUGCUAGCAUGCCUCCUCCGCCUCUCCCCAUCGCUAAGAGCGUGCGUGGCGUUAUUGGCCGCCGGGGAACGAGGCGCGGUGAGCUGGAGGACAUCGCGUCCAUCAGAAGCCGUGCCGCUACGGAUGCGCAGUCAGAGCCCCAAAGUACUAGCCUUGCUGGCCCGGAUGCGUUCUCCGAGCAUUCAGGCGUAGCACCACCAUCCUCCUCUAUGGCUGAUGAAACACAGAGCCGAAAGUCGGUUAGGGAACGGCUCAUGAGCAAGAUGCUGCCGCGUCUGUUUACUGCUUCGGACGAUUACUUCACCCAUCUUUGCAGUGACCGAACAGUCGACCCCGAGAUCUGGGGUAUGGAGCGUCGGGCACUUCAGGAAGCCUUCCAAUCGUAUCUUGCUCAGUACCUCAUCAGUAUUGGCGACCCCGUCGUGGACCCGAACUUUGUCGCCAAUACUCUGCAGAUGGACAUAGCAUCGCCAUCCUGGCAGGGAGUCUCCAGAAUCAUCUUGGCCGCCAACCUCACCCGGCUUCUCGACGAUGUCACGUCCAUGGGCGAGGAGGAUGACACGCUGGCCCUGUUGCAGGUCUGGGACUCAUGGUUCCUCAAUGCCUUCGCCGGCGAUGGUCCCGGUGCCUGGGACAAAGAGAUGAAGGAGACCAUCAUCGAGCAGGUCCUGAUGAUUCGGACACAGCUGUCUAUCUUCACACUGGAGAAGCUCAUGAGGGAUAGCACCGAGCCGUUCCACCCUUAUGAGGAGGUUGCCCGGAUUUGGUGCGAGGGCAAUGUUUCGGUCGAAGCGGUCGAAUCUUUCCUAGGAAACAACAGGGAAACGCUCCAGCUCCGGCCUGUAAUGGGACCCUACUCCGAGGUGGACAUCUUGGCAAAAGAGCGGGCUGCUACCCGGUUCACUUCGAUAUGCCGUUUGCUGCCGGAUCAAGUGGUUCAAGGACGUGGACUCGAUCUUCAUGGGAUACGCGAGGAGUAUCCAUUCAGCGAUUUCGAAGACCGUCUGCGGGGGUUUGUUAAGAACUGCUUCCUGCAGACGAGAGACGCAUUUCAUCAGGGGCCCUCUUCUGCUGGGGCCGCUGCUUGGCCUGUUGCGUCUUCUGAUGCCGCUUCAAGAGUCGGCUCCCAGAUUGACACACAGGCCAUGGCUCACCACUAUACGCAAGCCGAGCCAGGUGCACCUCCGCUUUCAUUCAACGUAGAAUCUAUACGGCUCAUGAAGCAGAUGGAGCCGCCAUCGACCGCCGGGUAUCAUGGGCUACCGCCUUCCUCUGGCUACCAAAUAGCGACUCCUUCCGCCCCCUACUCGCCUGGACCCCGAAUCCCUUUCCCACCCACUAGUCCUUCCACUGCGGAGUAUACGGAUGCACACAUCCAUCCCGGGUACCAGGGGCAGGCUGCUUCAUACGCUUCGUCGGCCGCUCAGGUCGCAGGGAAGAAGAGGCGUUCCCGAGGCGCUGCCGCCGCGGCGGGCGACGGAGCCGCUGGAUCGGCCGCUCCACCAGCUAAAAGGUCGCGAGCAGGACGGAAGAAGGGCGUUUCGGAAGCGAACAUGGCUCUUGCUUCCGCAGAUGCGGCACCUGUUGCAGAGGGCGCACCAGUCGCACCUAGUGCUGCUUCGUCCCAAUAUCCGCCCGUGCCAGGAUCUGAGGAUGACCUGCCUGACUUCGAAGCUCUAUCCCAGCGUUCAAAGGAGGUGUCGGCUCGUGUCCGAAUCCAAAGGAGUAAAGAGCCACAGGUUCGCUCGGCCUGGGUGCGUAAAGAUGUGGCCUUGCUUGUCAGGGCAGUCAACACCUACCAAUGCAAGUGGAGCCUCAUCGAGAGGGAAAUCAAGGCGGGCACGAUUCCUUUUGAGCGUCCUCGGGACCAGCAGGCGCUUCGUGAUAAGGCUCGGUUGUUGAAGCAAGAUUUCUUGAAAGUCGAUGCUGUUCUUCCCCGGGGUUUUGAUCUCGUCGUUCUGGGCAAGAAGGAGAGGGAAGCCAUCAAGGCUUGUGGAAAGAACCCCGACCGCAGGGAAGAUGAUGUCGAUGCCAAUGGACGACCUAUCAAUACGGACCUCGUGCCGGAGGAACCGCAGCAGGAAACUCAACCUGGACCUCAGCGAUCUGUUGAACCAGAGUCGCAGGCGGGUGUUCAGCCGGCGCCCCAAAUUGCUGCCCAACCAGCGCCGGAGCCGACCGCUCAACCCGCGCCUCAGCCGUCUGUUCCGGAGCCUACUAUGGCUUAGGAGUCCAUUGAUCACUGGAGCUAUGGCUAGGAUGACUUGGAUGAAAGCUACCUAUGGAAGAGGGGGCGUUCCAUGCUUCUGCUAAGUUGCCGAUACUCUGCGGUUUUACGGGAGGUCCGAAAUUCUACGUGCUCUAGCCAAGGUUAUGGAGAGUUUGGCACUGUUGUUUUGGCAUUGCUUGGUAGCGGAAUGUUUGAGCACUUCGCUUGAUGAUGGUCCAGCCGCGAGGUGGGCGCUCUGCCUAUACUAGAGUAAGGUGUUUCGUUGUCUGUGUUUGAUUUUCUCGUUGAUGUUGUAUUGUACCUUGUACUGGGCUACAGCCGCUGUAGUGUAUCCGUAUGAAAUGCUCUGAUCCACCUCG